UUCACGGCGUCCGCUUUGACGCAUUUAUACAUCAGCGUGCAGAUUUUAACUGGCUCCAAUAUCUCUUGCAGUUUCAUUGGUUACUGUUUGUGGGAAGAGGCAGUGGUAGGUAUACAGUGGCUGGAUAUUGAACUAAUCAUUCGCAGGAACAGAGUCCUCCAAUAAGAUUGUAGCCACAGAGGAAGUCCUACACCAUUCGGCGAAACUUUGCUUUCCAUCAGUGGAGCAAGAAUUGAAGCGGCAAUGGGUCAUUCGAGUGUCAUGCUGACCAUUCUGCGUGUGUUGCUAUGGGGUUUGCUAUCCGGCAUGGCUCAAGAGCUUGAGGGGAGCAGUUUGGUCACACAAGACAAUGUAGUGGGCGAGGAAUGCCACGAUGUCGUCUUGACGUGCCAGCUGAGAGGAUCGGGCCAGAACCUCGCUCUCCGUCGCCGGUUCUCCUGGUCCAAGCACACCGGCGCAGGCUGCAGCGGCACAAGGACCGUUAGCAUCAAUGACUGUCACUUCGACGAGGCGGGUGAUCUUCUACAGCCGGAAAAGUUCAACUAUUCAGUGGCCAAGGAUAACACGAGCUGUAACCUGACCAUCAAGGCGGUGCGCCAGUCUGAUGCCGGAUGCUACCAGUGCGAUUCGUGGGGGCCGAGUGGAGCAGUGUCCAGCUGUGUCGCGCUCGACGUGAGCGACCCUGUGAGGACUGUGUCAUUAAGGCAAACAAACUCAGUAAUUCUGGAAGGGAUUCCCGCAACAUUCACGUGCAGUGCCGGCUACGGUGACAGCCAAGUGCAGACAACGUGGUCUCUGAACGGGACAAGGCUCCAGAACGGGACCGAGACUGCCCUGAUCAGGCGCACCGAGGGAAACGUUGACUGUACGGGCCGAAACGAGACUCUGGGCGCCGCGGAUCUAACACUGACGAGACAUGAUUCUGGAUCGGUCCUGCAGUGCUCGAUCCGUGGCGCUGGUCUGCUUGAGACUGACAGUUUAACCAUUCCGAAUAUACAAGUUCCUCCAACUUCCGUCACAAUAAUAAAUGGCAUCACGGGAGAGGUAUACAACCUACCAGGCGGAGAAGUUUUGAUUAAAGAGAACGAUAACGUUGCCUUCAGGUGCCUGGUGAACGAUACCAAACCAGCUGCCAGUUUGGCUUGGUUUUUUAGGGGCCGCGAGAUGUUGAACGGGCUGGGCAGAGAGGGGGAGUCGGCGGUCUCGCUCAGGGUCCCGGACGGGACGUACGACGUCAGCCUCCCCGUGGUAAUGACGAACAUCAUGUGGACGGACGACGGUGGCGUGCUUGUUUGCAGGGCCACCGGACCAAGUGGCAGCUCUGCGUCUCUCGGCAUCAAGAUUAAGGUGGACGUUCCACCGCAUAACGCAACAAUAACGACCGGUGUUCUAGUCGAAAAUGUCCCCACCCAAGUCACGUGCUCCGUUGACGGAACACGCACGAGAUCGUCAAUGGUAUGGUUCCUGGACGGUAUCAGUGUUACAAACACCGAGUUGCAGGAAACGUUCUUUUCUCCGGAGCUAAUGAAAACGACAAGCGUCACAACGUUGACUCCUCAUAGAGGCCAAAGUGGCUCCAUACUAAGAUGCAAAGUGUUCCACGAACUUCUAGACGAGCCCUUAGUAACGGAAGAAACAUUGGAUGUAUAUUUUUGCCCCGCACCAUCCCUUUCUUGUCCUUCCUACGUGAACACCAGCGAACCGUACACUCUCAUGUGCGAGACUGCCAGUAGCCGGCCACCAGCGAGUCUCAACUUGUACCUGGACGAACCUUUCCAGCAACUCGACACAGACGGCGAGACCGCACACGAGCCGGCUGGCGACGGGGGAACGACGGCCGUCCUGACGGCCAAACUCACAAGUGACCGGUCCCACUACGGGAAGACUGUCGUUUGCAGGCGGACCCCAAAUGAGAUUUGUCGAAGAGAGGCAUCAGACGAAUGCAGGCUGAACGUACACUUUCCACCCGCCGAAACCAAACUGUGGGACGGUGGCACCUCCAACAGCGAUUCGGACCCAGCAAAUGGCAGCGUAGAAGUAAUACACGGCCGCGAGUACAGUUUCACGUGUGCAGCGUACGGGUCCAACCCGGCCGCGACAUUUCGGUGGAGACUGGGAGACACGGAGCUCCGCGGUGCCGCCUACAGCAAGACCGAGCAGCGCGAUUCAGUGGGGCUGGUCGGGGGAUGGGACUCUUCCAGUCGGCUGUCCCUCACUGUUCAGCAGGACCAGCACCACGAUAAGAGCCUGACUUGCCAAGUCAUGUACCCCAGUCAAAAUGUCUUCAAACAGCUGAGCUUGAAAAUGAAUAUCAUUGCUGUAACACUGAGUUGGUCUUCAAUUACCAUCAUCAUCGCCUGCUCCUCCGCUGUGUUUCUUGUCGUCGUCGCCUGUCUUCUCCUGAUGCUCUACAAAAUGUGUCGGCAUGGAAACCGACCGUUCCCCAUAGAAACCGACAUGGAAAUGCUGCACGUGAACCGGACCAUAAAGUUCAAAAAGGGUGGCAGCAAUUCUUCGCUUUCGUCCCGUGGCACCGGUCAAGACUCAUUCGACGGCAGCGAGGCCUAUGAGUUCCCCCGUGAUAAGCUGAAGUUGCUGGAUGUUAUUGGCAGCGGUUCCUUUGGUCUGGUCUACAAGGCCACAGCGGAAGGAAUCUUCGAGAAGGGUGUGGCUGACACAGUGGCAGUCAAGACUCCAAACCCAUGCGGAUCAUCAGCAGAUAAAGAAGAAUUCUUGAGGGAACUUGAAAUGUUCCCUAUUCUUGCCAAGCAUCCCAAUGUGGUCUCAUUGCUGGGAUACUGCCGGAAGAAAGAACCACUAUAUUUGAUCAUGGAGUAUGUCCCCAAUGGUAACCUGGAGAAUUACCUGAGACAGGAGAAGCUGCGAAUCGACCAAUCGUACAUCAACUUGAAUGAUGUGACGGAGACCGUUGGCCCCACCCAGCUUUUGAACUUUGCCAUUCAUAUUGUGCGUGGUAUGAAGUUUCUUGCGUCGGUACAGUGCAUUCACCGCGACCUGGCCACUCGUAACAUCUUGUUGGAUGAACAGCUGGUCUGCAAGGUGUCCGAUUUUGGUCUGGCGCGUCACAUCGCAGCGCAGAAGCAGUACGAAAUGAAAUCAAAGGGACGAGUGCCGUUUCGUUGGAUGGCACCCGAGUCAAUUCUCUGCAAUGUUUACAGCACGAAGAGUGACGUGUGGUCCUUCGGCGUCUUGCUGUGGGAGUUAGUUACACUGGGUUCGCAUCCAUACCCUGGCCAAUCAUGCGCUGAAAUACUCGAGGAUCUUCAAAGGGGAAUCCGUCUGAAGAAGCCAGCUCAUUGUAGUGACGAAAUCUACCAGCUAAUGAAGGAUUGUUGGGAACACCGACCGGAGGAAAGGCCCGACUUUGAGACCAUACAUCAGAGGAUAGAGGCAAUGCUGGCAAAUGCAUCGGGUUACCUGUUGAUGUCGAACUUUUCCACGGAGCAGUACGUGUACAUGGCGCCAGGAAGCAACUAGAAUCGACUGUCGGGGGAUCGUUUAUUUGUACACAUAACGUGUUUGGGUACAAAGCCUCCACCAUUAUAACAAAAAACUUCUUAAUACCGAAUUUAGUUUAGUAGUUUUUGAAUAAUAAUUUGGAUUUGAAUUAUAACUCACAAACAGUCUCUCUAUACCACAGUACUUUAUCCGAGCGUGCAGUCUAACUUUGAUAGGAAUUUCCUCCUGUCAGAUGCGGAGUCCGAAGAGAAUGAAACAAUUUGGGAGUGAUUGUUUAAAAAACGACAGUUGCAAGGAAGGAUAAACUUUUUUCCGUCAUAAUUUUUCCUUUUUCGAAACGUUAACCAAACUUGUUUUUCAUUUUUCAGCAAUAAUGUAUGAACCACAGUGUUUGACAUUGACAAAUUUGCAGCUCAACAUAGGUCAUUAUCACCAAUACUCUUUUCUGGUUUAAAAACCUUCUCAAGGCAGUGAGAGGAAAUUGUUCACAAAAUAAACUUACUGCUUGUCGCCUAGACUUGGUUUGCUGUAUAGUAACUUGACUGGUGUAUAUUGCAGUCAGUAACUAAUCAGACAAUUCUGUUGUAAAAUGAUGUAAUGGUUUCUAAAGUUUACAUUCUACUUUUUGAAAGAUUUCAAAGUGACGAAUCUUGAAAAGAAAUUUAAUACGAAUAACGUAAGUCAGCUCCAUUUAUUGAUAAGCCGUAUAUUUCAUUGUUAUGAUCAGAAAACCAAUUUAAAAAGGAAAUGUAUAUAUUAAUGCAUGCAACGACCUGUUUUACGAAUCAGCGGGUAAAUUCCUAAAGUUUAUUUAACGGCGAAACUCUGUGGUUUUUCUCUUUUGUUCUGAAAGGAUUAGAAAUGCGGCUAUAGUUUUAAACAGCAACAUGUUUAAACUUUAAACGUAUGAAAACCAUAAUGGGCAUUACAUACCAUAAGUCAUUCUGAAAGGUUUUAAAACGACUGAAUGGUUAAAAAAAGGACAUUUAAGGGUCCAAAAAUAAUUACAGGAGACAAUUUAUGUACGUAGCGGGUGGAAAUAUUUCAGUCAUUUCAUAUUGCUAAAAUUGAACUGAUUUGAAAUAUCACUCAUAUUUUUAAAUUAAGAGGCGCAAACGCACCGCGAAGCGUUAUGUACACAACUGCUUUUACACAAUAAACGGGAAUAUGCAAUUUCAGUAAAUAUAGAAUUAAGAUUUAAAUAUAUAAUAUUAUAAUUAAAUACUAUAUUUAAUGUAGAACUUUUUCUUGAAGAGUGUGCAUUUUAUAUUCUUGUACAUAGGCCUAUGUUCUUUCAUAAAUGGAGUGUAACAUAUAGGCCUAUAAAGUAGACACACUGUUCUUAUAAUCUUAUUGAGCAAUAACGUAAAUUAUAUGGCAACAACAGUUUAUCUAAUGUUUUUGUAUCAAUCAAGACUUUUGACAUGACAUGUCUUAUAUACGACUGAAGUGGAAUAAUAGCGUGAUUAUAAUGGCAUUCUCUUACUUCAAAAAACCCGAAGUAUUUAAAAUUCGGAGCAACACAGCGAACAAUCUGAAAUAAGAUUCAAACGUCUUUUUUGUGGUUGAAAUUUACACUUUUUUAAUGCUGAGCUGUAUUAGGGACAUGGAUUUCCAGCGCUAUACGCAUAGACUGCAUUUAUCUACAAGUCUGAAUAAAUCGCAUUGAAGUACAUGUGUUAAAGUAUUUUCCAAUGAAAUCGAUGUUUUAAAUCCAUUCCCUUCAAGGAUGUUUCAACACUACCGAUUCUUAAGUCCCAAUGUUUCCAGACUAUUUACCAAUAAUGUGUAAAGUGAACGGUGCCGAAGGGGGUAUGCAGUUAACAUUGCCAUGUACUUUCCAUAUGGCAAAAUCUGUCUGUGCUCCCGGGGUUGAAAUUAGAGCUUCGAGUGUAUUUCCAAAGAUGACAAUUUUACCAUCAGGAAAGGAGAUGACGAAGAAAUAAAUAAAGAGCACUUAGAGCUCUUCAA